GGAGGUGAGCAAAACCUUGGACAGAGGGGUGGCGGUGGACGUGGUAUACUUGGACAGAGGGCUGAUGGUGGAUGUGGUAUACUUGGACAGAGGGGGGAUGGUGGAUGUGGUAUACUUGGACAGGGGGGUGGCAGUGGAUGUGGUAUACUUGGACAGAGGGGUGGCUGUGGACAUGGCAUACUUGGACAGAGGGGUGGUGGUGGAUGUGGUAUACUUGGACAGAGGGGUGGGGGUGGAUGUGGUAUACUUGGACAGAGGGGUGGCUGUGGAAGUGGUAUACUUGGACAGAGGGGUGGUGGUGGACAUGGUAUACUUGGACAGAGGGGUGGCUGUGGACAUGGUAUACUUGGACAGAGGGGUGGCUGUGGACAUGGUAUACUUGGACAGAGGGGUGGCUGUGGACAUGGUAUACUUGGACAGAGGGGUGGCUGUGGAUGGUAUACUUGGACAGAGGGGUGGCUGUGGACGUGGUAUACUUGGACAGAGGGGU